AUGCCAUUGAUUCUCCCUCACGAGCUGAUGGUGCAGCUUAGCUUGAAGGGCCAUUUGGAACAAGGGUUAGAGGAUGCAACCAAAAAGUAUUGGUCGCACAUGGAGAAGACCGGCUCCGACCACCCGUGCAUCCAUGACAAGAUGUGCAGACCUUUGGGGCUGUACGGCGAUGAUGCCCAGUAUGACCGGAACUGCAACAAACUUAUAGUGGUUACACUAUCGGACUGCUUGGCUACCUCGAAGCACUCUAUGGCUGCGACGUGGCCGCUCUUCGUUCUGAGAGAAGGCUUGUCAAUUGGAUUUGACACGCUGAAUGCCUUCCUUGCCCCGGUGCUCUUUCCUAUCGCCAUCUCCUUGAAUAUUCUAUUCUAUGGACGAGUGCCGGCCUCUCCGCUACACCUCGAGACGGAGUUCACGAGGGAAACAUGGGAGAAUGUUAUCAAGCCGAACCUGAAGGACGAACUCCUGUUCAAGGAUUGUGGAGACGACCCAAAGUUCUACGCGGCGACAGAAGUGCGGGGCGACUGGAAGUUCGUGAAGGUGCAACAUGUUACACCCGCGACCAUUUUUCUGAUUGCAUCCGAUUUCGUUCAGAUCUGA